AUGAGUUUCUUGUUCUGGUUGCUCCUGAUAUUUGUAGAUGCAGAUGUUGUGCAUGGUGGAGUAGGUCCUGAAGAUUGCAAAGAAGCAAGAUGUAGCAGUGAUGGCCCAGUUAUCCAGUUCCCAUUUCGACUUAAAGGUAGGCAACCGGUCCAUUGUGGUUACCCGGGUUUUGAUCUUUCAUGCACCAAAGACAAAGAGACAUUGCUUGAGAUGCCAUCAUCAUCCAAGCUCUUUGUUAGAGAGAUUAACUACACAUCACAGAAAAUUCAAGCUUAUCCUCAACUUGGUUGCUUGGACAAAGACAUUUUCUACCAGGGUUCUUGCACACUUUCUGUUAUUCUUAUAGUGACGGGAAUGACAAUCUACUAUGUCUACAGCUCUCUGAAAAGAGAAGAAGAAAAUCAGCUGAGAAUUAAAAGAUUUUUGGAUGAAUACAGAGCUCUUAAGCCAAGCAGAUAUUCUUAUGCAGAUAUUAAGAGGAUAACAGAGAAGUUCAAGGAGAAGCUAGGUCAAGGGGCCUAUGGAACUGUAUUUAAAGGUAGGCUUUCCUCUGAAUUACUUGUUGCUGUGAAAAUCCUCAACAAUUCAAAUGAGAAAGGGGAAGAUUUUAUUAAUGAAGUGGGCACAAUGGGUCAAAUCCACCAUGUCAAUGUGGUACGCUUGAUUGGUUACUGUGCUGAUGGAUUUAUACGAGCUCUUGUUUAUGAAUUCUUACCAAACGGUCCACUCCAGAAUUUCUUAUCAUCAGCAGAUAAUGAAAAUUCAUUCAUUGGUUGGGAUAAGUUGCAAGAUAUUGCUUUAGGUAUAGCCAAAGGACUUGAAUAUCUUCACCAAGGUUGCGAACAACAAAUCCUCCACUUUGACAUCAAACCCCAUAAUGUGUUGCUAGACCAUGAUUUCACACCAAAAGUUUCCGAUUUUGGUUUAGCCAAGUUGUGCUCUAGGGAUCAAAGCGCCGUAUCCAUGACUGCAAGGGGAACCAUGGGCUAUAUUGCACCAGAAGUCUUCUCUAGGAACUUUGGUAACGUGUCAUAUAAGGCAGAUGUCUAUAGUUUUGGAACAUUGCUUCUUGAAAUGGUUGGGGGCAGAAAGAAUUUUAAAGUCAUGGAAGACUCCACCAGCCAAGUCUACUUCCCAGAAUGGAUCUAUAACCUCUUAGAACAAGGGAACGACCUUCGCAUCCAUAUUGGGGACGAAGGAAAUGUUGAAAUUGCUGAGACACUUGCAGUUGUGGGUCUAUGGUGCAUCCAAUGGUAUCCAAUAGACCGUCCUUCCAUGAAAACAGUAGUUCAAAUGUUGGAAAGGGAAGGUGACAAUCUGACCAUGCCUCCUAAUCCUUUUGCCUCUAAUUCAUCUUCGAGUUGAAUGAGAAUUCAUGUGCCAGCAAGAGCAACCAGUCAAGCUCAGGUGUUAACAGAAUAAGAUUGUUAUAGUGAUGUAUUAUUAGCAGAUAUACUAAGAAACUGCUUCCAAUUGUUGAAUUUUCAUGCAUGGAUUUCUAGUAUUA